GGGCAAGAUAGCUCGUAUGCAGCUGCUGGGAGGUCUCCCACCAGCCUGUUCAAAGCCUUAUCGCCUGCGAGGUGUUUCUAAUACCACUUCCGCUCAUUGUUUCCUCCUGCCACAGGGAGCCCGCAGCCCCGGAGUCACUCUCCAGCAGAACAGUCCAGUCCCAGUUACUGGGAGCAUGGCCUAGGGCUGGCAGCCCCACCGUGCACGGAGGCCGAAUUUCCCAAGAGACCUUGGAGACACCCGCAGCCCCCAUUUGCAGGAGAAGAUGAUUCCUGCCUGGCUUGGGAGGGUGCUGCUUGCUCUGGCCUUCACGUUGCCAGGGGCCCUUUGUGGAGAAGGGACUCCUGGCAGGCCGUCCAUGGCCCGAUGCAGCCUCUUCGGCGACGACUUUGUCAGCACCUUUGAUGAGAGCAUGUACAGCUUUGCGGGCGGCUGCAGUUACCUCCUGGCCGGAGACUGCCAGAAACACUCCUUCUCGCUCAUCGGGGACUUCCAAGAUGGCAAGAGACUGAGCCUGUCGGUGUAUCUCGGGGAAUUUUUCGACAUCCAUCUGCUUGUCAAUGGCACCGUGCUGCAGGGGGCCCAAAGUGUCUCCAUGCCCUAUGCCUCCGAAGGGCUGUUUCUGGAGGCUGAGGCUGGGUAUUACAAGCUGUCCAGCGAGGCCUACGGCUUUGUGGCCCGGAUUGACGGCAGCGGCAACUUUCAAGUCCUGCUGUCAGACAGAUACUUCAACAAGACCUGUGGACUGUGCGGCAACUUUAACAUCUUUGCUGAAGAUGACUUUCGGACUCAAGAAGGGACCUUGACCUCAGACCCCUACGACUUUGCCAACUCCUGGGCCCUGAGCAGUGGGGAACAGCGGUGCCAACGGGCGUCCCCCCCAAGCAGCUCCUGCAACGUCUCCUCUGAAAUGCAGAAGGGCCUGUGGGAGCAGUGCCAGCUUCUGAAGAGUGCCUCGGUGUUCGCCCGCUGCCACCCCCUGGUGGACCCAGAGCCCUUCGUGGCGCUGUGUGAGACGAUGCUGUGCCCGUGCGUGCAGGGGCUGCAGUGCCCGUGCCCCGUGCUCCUGGAGUACGCCCGGGCCUGCGCCCGGCGGGGGAUGGUGCUGUACGGCUGGACGGACCACAGCGCGUGCCGACCGGCGUGCCCCGCGGGCAUGGAGUACAGGGAGUGCGUGUCCCCCUGCACCAGAACCUGCCGGAGCCCGCCGGUCAGCGAAGCGUGUCGGGAGCAGUGCGUGGACGGCUGCAGCUGCCCUGAGGGGCAGCUCCUUGAUGGCAGCCGCUGUGUGGAGAGCACCGAGUGUUCCUGCGUGCAUUCUGGGAAGCGGUACCCGCCAGGUGCCUCCUUCUCGCGAGACUGCAACACCUGCAUUUGUCGAAACAGCCUGUGGAUCUGCAGCAACGAGGAGUGUCCAGGGGAGUGUCUCGUCACAGGACAGUCCCACUUCAAGAGCUUUGAUAACAAGUACUUCACCUUCAGCGGGGUCUGCCAGUACCUGCUGGCCCGGGACUGCCAGGACCACUCCUUCUCUGUCAUCAUAGAUACCGUGCAGUGUGCCGAUGACCCCGACUCUGUCUGCACUCGCUCUGUCACCGUACGCCUGUCCAGCCCGCACAACAGCCUUGUGAAGCUGAAGCAUGGGGGAGGAGUCGCCGUGGACGGCCAGGACGUCCAGAUCCCCUUCCUGCAAGGUGACCUCCGCAUUCAGCACACAGUGAUGGCCUCUGUGCACCUCAGCUAUGGGGAGGACCUGCAGAUAGACUGGGAUGGCCGCGGGAGGCUGCUGGUGAAGCUGUCCCCAGUCUACGCGGGGAGGACCUGCGGCCUGUGCGGGAAUUACAACGGCAACCGGGGGGACGACUUUCUGACGCCCGCGGGCCUGGCGGAGCCGCUGGUCGAGCACUUCGGGAACUCCUGGAAGCUGCGCGGAGACUGCGAGGACCUGCGGAGGCAGCCCAGCGACCCGUGCAGCCUCAACCCGCGCCACACCAGGUUCGCGGAGGAGGCCUGCGCCGUCGUGACGUCCCCCAAGUUCGAGGCCUGCCACAGCGCUGUGGGCCCGCUGCCCUACCUGCAGAACUGCCGCUACGACGUGUGCUCGUGCUCCGACGGCGGAGACUGCCUGUGCGACGCGGUGGCCAGCUACGCGGCGGCCUGCGCCCGGAGAGGCGUGCACAUCGCGUGGCGGGAGCCCGGCUUCUGUGCCCUGAGCUGCCCGCGGGGCCAGGUGUACCUGCAGUGCGGGACCCCCUGCAACGCGACCUGCCGCUCCCUCUCUCACCCGGAUGACGAGUGCGACGAGGUCUGCCUUGAGGGCUGCUUCUGCCCCUCCGGGCUCUACCUGGAUGAGGCGGGGGACUGUGUGCCCAGGGCCCAGUGCCCCUGUUACUACGACGGUGAAAUCUUCCAGCCCGAAGACAUCUUCUCAGACCAUCACACCAUGUGCUACUGUGAGGACGGCUUCAUGCACUGUUCCACCAGCGGAGCCCCGGGGAGCCUGCUGCCCGACACUGUCCUCGGCGGUCCCCUGUCCCACCGCAGCAAAAGGAGCCUGUUCUGCCGGCCCCCCAUGGUCAAGCUGGUGUGUCCCGCUGACAACCCGAGGGCGGAAGGGCUCGAGUGUGCCAAAACCUGCCAGAACUACGACCUGGAGUGUGUGAGCGCAGGCUGCGUGUCUGGCUGCCUCUGUCCCCCGGGCAUGGUCCGGCACGAGAACAGGUGUGUGGCCCUGGAAAGGUGUCCCUGCUUCCACCAGGGCAGAGAGUAUGCCCCCGGAGAGACACUGAAGAUUGACUGCAACACUUGCGUCUGUCGGGAUCGGAAGUGGAACUGCUCGGACCACGUGUGUGACGCCUCGUGCUCGGCGCUGGGCCUGGCUCACUACCUCACCUUCGACGGGCUCAAGUACCUGUUCCCCGGGGAGUGCCAGUACGUCCUGGUGCAGGAUCACUGUGGCAGUAACCCUGGGACCUUCCGGAUCCUGGUGGGGAACGAGGGCUGUGGCUACCCCUCCCUGAAGUGCAGAAAGCGGGUCACCAUCCUGGUGGAAGGAGGGGAGAUCGAGCUGUUUGAUGGGGAGGUGAGUGUGAAGAGGCCCAUGAAGGAUGAGACGCACUUCGAGGUGGUGGAGACCGGCCGAUACAUCACGGUCCUGCUGGGCAAGGCCAUCUCCGUGGUCUGGGACCGCCACCUGAGCGUCUCCGUGUUCCUGAAGCAGACUUACCAGGAGCAGGUGUGUGGCCUGUGUGGGAAUUUCGACGGCGUCCAGAACAACGACCUCACCAGCAGCAGCCUCCAGGUGGAGGAAGACCCCGUGGACUUCGGGAACUCCUGGAAAGUGAGCACGCAGUGCGCUGACGCCAGGAAGGUGCCACUGGACGCGUCCCCUGCCACCUGCCGCAGCAGCGUCCUAAAGCAGACGAUGGUGGACUCCUCCUGCAGGAUCCUCACCAGUGACAUUUUCCGGGACUGCAACAUGCUGGUGGACCCGGAGCCAUACCUGGACGCCUGCAUCUACGACACCUGCUCCUGUGAGUCCGUUGGGGACUGCGCCUGCUUCUGCGACACUGUUGCUGCCUACGCCCAUGUGUGUGCCCAGCACGGCAGCGUGGUGGCCUGGAGGACGGCCACGUUGUGCCCCCAGAGCUGUGAGGAGAGGAACCUGCGGGAGGGCGGCUACGAGUGCGAAUGGCGCUACAACAGCUGCGCGCCCGCCUGCCCCGUCACGUGCCAGCACCCCGAGCCGCUGGCCUGCCCCGCGCGGUGCGUGGAGGGCUGCCACGCACACUGCCCGCCAGGGAAAAUCUUGGAUGAGCUUUUGCAGACCUGUGUGGACCCCAAAGACUGCCCGGUGUGUGAGGUGGCCGGCCGGCGCUUAGCCCCGGGAAAGAAGAUCACCCUGAACCCCGGGGACCCUGACCACUGCCAGACUUGUCACUGUGAUGGUGUCAACCUCACCUGUGAAGCCUGUGGGGAGCUGAGGGGCUUGGAGGCACCCCCCACCGAAGGCCCGGCCAGCACCACCAGCUCGUACGUGGAGGACACCCCGGAGCCGCCCUUGCACAGCUUCUUGUGCAGCAGACUCCUGGACCUGGUCUUCCUGCUGGACGGCUCCAACAAGCUGUCCGAGGCUGACUUCGGGGUGCUGAAGGACUUCGUGGUAGGCACGAUGGAGCGCCUGCACAUCUCCCAGAAGCGCAUCCGCGUGGCCGUGGUAGAGUACCACGAUGGCUCCCACGCCUACAUCGCGCUCCGGGACCGGAAGCGACCCUCGGAGCUGCGGCGCAUCGCCAGCCAGGUGAAGUACGCGGGCAGCGCGGUGGCCUCCACCAGUGAGGUCCUGAAGUACACGCUCUUCCAGAUCUUCAGCAAGAUCGACCGGCCCGAAGCCUCCCGCGUGGUCCUGCUGCUCGUGGCCAGCCAGGAGCCCGCCAAGCUGUCCCGGAACUUUGCCCGCUACGUCCAGGGCCUGAAGAAGAAGAAGGUCUCCGUGGUCGCGGUGGGCAUCGGUCCCCACGCCAACCUGAAGCAGGUCCGCUUCAUUGAGAAGCAGGCCCCCGAGAACAAGGCCUUCGAGCUUGGCGGGGUGGGCGAGCUGGAGCAGCGGAGGGACGAGAUCAUCGGCUACCUCUGCGACCUCGCCCCCGAAGUGCCCGCCCCGACGCCGCACCCCCACGUGGCGCAGGUCACUGUGGGUCCCGAGCUCCUGGGGGUUUCAACGGCGGGACCCCGGAGGUGCUCCGUGGUCCUGGAUGUGGUCUUUGUCCUGGAAGGGUCAGACAAGGUGGGCGAGGCCAACUUCAACAGGAGCACAGAGUUCGUGGCGGAGGUGAUUCGGCAGAUGGACGUGGGCCAGGACAGCGUCCAUGUCGCUGUGCUGCAGUACUCACACGCGGUGGCUGAGGAGUACUCCUUCAGCAAGGCGCAGUCCACGGGGGACGUCCUGCAGCGAGUGCGGGAGAUCCGCUACCAGGGCGGCAACGAGACCAACACGGGGCUGGCCCUGCAGUAUCUGACCGAGCACAGCUUCUCGGCCAGGGAGGGGGACCGGGAGCAGGCGCCUAACCUGGUCUACAUGGUCACAGGGAACCCUGCCUCGGACGAGAUCAGGCGGAUGCCAGGGGACAUCCAGGUGGUGCCCAUCGGAGUGGGCCCCAGCGUGGACAGGCAGGAACUGGAGAGGAUCGGCUGGCCCAAUGCCCCCAUCUUCAUCCAGGACUUUGAGAUGCUCCCCCGAGAGGCUCCUGAUCUGGUGCUACAGAGGUGCUGCUCCGAAGAGAGGCCGCACCUCACCACCCUCUCCCCUGCCCCAGCCUGCAGUGAGCCCCUGGAUGUGGUCCUCCUCCUCGAUGGCUCCUCCAGCUCUCCAGCUUCCUACUUUGAUGAAAUGAAGACUUUCGCCAAGGAUUUCAUUUCAAAAGCCAAUAUAGGGCCUCAGCUCACCCAGGUGUCCGUGCUGCAGUAUGGAAGCAUCACCACCGCUGACGUGCCGUGGGACGUGGCCCAGGCGGCAGGCCACCUGCUGAGCCUCGUGGACCUCAUGCAGCGGGAGGGCGGCCCCAGCCAGAUCGGGGCUGCCUUGGCCUUUGCGGUGCGAUACGUCACUUCCGAGGUCCACGGUGCCAGGCCCGGCGCCUCCAAGGCGGUGGUGAUCCUGGUCACGGAGGCCUCCGUGGAUUCAGUUGAUGAAGCAGCCGCUGCCGCCAGAUCCAACCGAGUGGCAGUGUUCCCCAUUGGAAUUGGGGAUCGGUACGACCCAGCCCAGCUGAGGACCUUGGCAGGCCCAGGGGCCAGCUCCAACGUGCUGAAGCUCCAGCGAAUCGAAGACCUCCCCACCAUGGUCACCCUGGGCGACUCCUUCCACCACAAGCUGUGUUCUGAGUUCGUCAGAGUCUGCGUGGAUGAGGACGGGGGUGAGAGGAGGCCCGGGGACGUCUGGACCUUGCCGGAUCAGUGCCACACAGUGACCUGCCUGCCAGAUGGCCAGACCUUGCUGAAGAGCCAUCGGGUCAACUGUGACCAGGGGCCACGGCCUUCCUGCCCCAACAGCCAGUCCCCUAUCCGGGUGGAGGAGACCUGUGGCUGCCGCUGGACCUGCCCCUGUGUGUGCACCGGCAGCUCUACCCGGCACAUCGUGACCUUUGACGGACAGAAUUUCAAGCUGACUGGCAGCUGCUCGUAUGUCCUGUUUCACAGCAAGGAGCAGGACCUGGAGGUGGUUCUCCAUAGCGGUGCCUGCGGCACUGGGGCGAGGCAGGCCUGUGUGACAGCCAUUGAGGUGAAGCACGACGGCCUCUCCAUCCAGCUCCGCAGCGACAUGCAGGUGGAGGUGAAUGGGAGACUGGUCUCUGUCCCUUACACGGGUGGGAACCUGGAGGUCAGUGUCUAUGGGACCAUCAUGUAUGAGGUCAGAUUCAACCAUCUCGGCCACAUCUUCACCUUCACCCCCCAAAACAACGAGUUCCAGCUGCAGCUGAGCCCGAAGACCUUUGCCUCGAAGGUGUACGGUCUCUGUGGGAUCUGUGAUGAGAACGGGGCCAAUGACUUCAUGCUGAAGGAUGGCACGGUCACCACAGACUGGAGGACGCUGGUCCAGGAGUGGACGGUACAGCAGCCGGGGCAGACGUGCCAGUCGGUUCCCGAGGAGCAGUGUCCUGUACCCGGGGCCUCUCCCUGCCACGUCAUCCUCUCAGCACUGUUUGCCGAGUGCCACAAGGUUGUGGCUCCGGCCACAUUUCAUGCAAUCUGCCAGCAAGAGAGUUGCCACCAGGAGAAAGUGUGCGAGGCAGUCGCCUCUUACGCCCACCUCUGUCGGACCAAGGGGGUGUGUGUUGACUGGAGGACCCCUGAGUUCUGCGCUGUGUCCUGCCCACCGUCCCUGGUGUACAACCACUGUGAGUCCCGCUGCCCCCAGCACUGUGAGGGCAAUUCCAGCUCCUGCGGGGACCAUCCCUCGGAAGGCUGCUUCUGCCCCCCGCACCAGGUGAUGCUGAAAGGCGGCUGUGUCCCCGAGGAGGCCUGCACCCAGUGUGUCGGUGACGAUGGAACCCGGCACCAGUUCCUAGAAACGUGGGUCCCGGACCACCAGCCCUGCCAGAUCUGCAUGUGUCUUAGCGGGCAGAGGGUCAAUUGCACGGCACAGCCCUGCCCCACAGCCAGAGCUCCCGCGUGCGGCCCGUGUGAAGUGGCCCGUCUCCGCCAGGGCUCGCGCCAGUGCUGCCCCGAGUACGAGUGUGUGUGCGACCUGGUGACCUGUGACCUGCCCCUGGUGCCUCCCUGUGCCGAUGGCCUCCAGCUGAUGCUGACCAAUCCCGGCGAGUGUAGACCCAACUUCACCUGCGCUUGCAGGAAGGAGGAGUGCCAAACGGGGCCCCCGCCCUCCUGUCCCCCGCACCGGACGCCAGCCCUUCGGAAGACCCAGUGCUGCGAGGAGUACGAGUGUGCUUGUAACUGCGUCAGCUCCACCGUGAGCUGCCCACUGGGCUACCUGGCCUCGGCCCUCACCAACGACUGCGGCUGCACCAUGACCACCUGCCUCCCUGACAAGGUGUGCGUCCACCGAGGCACCGUCUACCCCGUGGGCCAGUUCUGGGAGGAGGGCUGUGACGUGUGCACCUGCACUGACCUGGAGGAUGCGGUGAUGGGUCUCCGUGUGGUCCAGUGCUCUCAGAAGCCCUGCGAAGACAGCUGCCAGCCGGGCUUCGAUUACAUCCUGCACGAAGGCGAGUGCUGCGGCAGGUGCCUGCCGUCUGCCUGCGAGGUGAUGAUCGGCUCACUGCGGGGGGACUACCAUUCUUCCUGGAAGAGUGUGGGCUCUCACUGGGUCUCCCCCGAGAACCCCUGCCUCAUCCACGAGUGCGUCCAAGUCAAGGAGGAGGUCUUUGUGCAACAGAGGAACGUCUCCUGCCCCCAGCUGGCCAUCCCUACCUGCCCCCCUGGCUUCCAGCUGAGCUGCAAUACCUCAGACUGUUGCCCCACCUGUCGCUGUGAGCCCACGGAGGCCUGCAUACUCAACGACACCAUCAUUGGGCCCGGGAAGAGUCUGAUGGUUGAUGUGUGCACGACUUGCAGCUGCGCCGUCCAGGAGGGGGUCGUCUCCGGGUUCAAGCUGGAAUGCAGGAAGACGACCUGCGAGCCCUGCCCCCUGGGUUACAAGGAAGAGAAGCUGCAGGGGGAAUGCUGUGGGAGAUGUCUGUCUACGGCCUGCACCAUCCAGCUCCAAGGGGGGCAGAUCCUGACACUGAAGCCUGGUGAGACAUUGCAGGAUGGCUGUGACAGUCACUUCUGCAGGGUCAACGAGAGAGGACAGUACACUUGGGAGAAGAGGGUCAUGGGCUGCCUGCCCUUUGAUGAACACAGAUGUCUGGCCGAGGGGGGGAAAAUCGUGAAAAUUGCAGGCACGUGUUGUGACACAUGCGAGGAGCCCGAGUGCAAGGACAUCGCCGCCAGGGUGCAGUACAUCAGGGUGGGGGACUGUCAGUCUGAAGAGGAAGUGGACAUUCACUACUGCCAGGGCAAGUGCACCAGCAAAGCUGUAUACUCCAUCGAAGCGGAGGACGUGCAGGACCAGUGCUCCUGCUGCUCGCCCGCGCGGACCGAGCCCAUGCCGGUGCCCCUGCGCUGCACCAACGGCUCCAUCGUCCACCAUGAGAUCCUCAACGCCAUGCAGUGCACAUGCUCCCCCAGGAAAUGCAGCAAGUGAGGCCCUGCCUCGCCCUGGACACCCGCAGCCAUCCGCCUCGGCAACCACCAGUUGGCGCUCGCGCGCUCUGCUCUCGUGCUCCCCGCACCCCCACCUCGGGCCCACAAUAAAGGCCAAUCUCUCAUCUUGACAAA